GUGAUUUGUCCGAAUGUUUAUCCUGAGAAAAGCGGUUUAGCACCUGCAGGUGGCCGAAUGGACUACACCAACUUAAUCAUUUAGUUAUGCAGCAUUAGUAAGAAGUUAAGGAAUUAGCCAACGGAAAUGUAACUUUAUAAUCGUAAUGGCACAGUUUACCAGUUAACUGACCAUUUCGUCGAUACAAAUAGAGCGUAAAUCUGUCCAAUUUAAAGUUGGACGGUCAUAGCCAGCUAACGUUAAAGUUAAGCUAUGUGCUACUGCAACUUGGCUAACGUUAAGUUGGUAGUCUUGACUUAGUAGCUAGUUCAUUUAACCGAUUUGGGCUAUUUUAUUCUGAUUAAACAUUUCUGUUGAGGGUCGUGCGUUUAGUUUUAGUACAACAGUUGGCCGAUUUUGUCGCGGACGGAGAAAAAGUUGUGUUUGUGAAGUUGUCGGUCAGAGCUAAGCCGGUAGAUGGCAGCACAGAUUCAUAAUCCUGUCCAGUAUUUCGGAGGCCCAGUAUAGACUGCCAGAGCCACAGUGGAUAACCAACAGGAGUCAGUUAAGAACAUACUGGAUGGUCUUCAAAAAAAUAUUGUUGAUUUGGAAAAUACCUUAACCAAGCUAAACUCUUCAGUUGAGGUAGUUCAGUGUGACUCAGAUAACUCCGAGUGUCAGCUGAGCUCUGGAUCGGAUGAGGAAUGGCAGGUCCAGCUGUGCCCACAGUCUGCUGAGGAGCAGGCGGAGGAGCAGGCGGAGGAGCUGCAGACCGUACUGAAGGAGCUACAGAGAGAGAGGCAGCAGCUGAACACCAUACUGCAGAGGUUCAGAGUCACAGAGGGAGUUCAGGUUGCAGAGUCUGAGGCCAGUGGCAGUGGGCCGACUCGUGUUGUGCACCGUGUGCAGGAACAGGAGGACGACCUCGGACAGAGGGUGGACCGCCAGCGUACCAUGUGGAGAAGUCGACCAUCGACCAGCCCGACGCGAGGGCUCGCCCUCAGCCCCAGCCCUCCCCGCCACUCCCCUGUCAAGGGAGGGACGUAUGACUCGGAGCUGAUGCGGGUGCUGCGGGAGAGGGACGAGAUGCAGGCCGUGCUGGAGAAGUACGAACGCCACCUCUCCGAGAUCCAGGCCAACGUCAAGGUUCUCACCGCGGACCGCGACAAGACCAGCAUGCACUACCAGCAGGCGCAGCAGGAGAUCGCAGCUCUGCGGCGUGAGGUGAUGCGAGCGCGGUCAGUGCGCAGCAGCAGCGGCUCCAAGGGCGGCGUGACGGCCCACAGCAUCCUGAAGCGUGUGGAGACCGAGAGGGACGAAGCGCAGUCCGACCUGCAGCGCAUGACCACCGAGAGGGACAGCCUCAGGGAGAGACUCAAGAUCACCCAGGAGACAGCCAUCAGUGAGCGAGCUCAUCUAGAGCAGCGCGUGGAAGACCUGCAGACCGCCGUGCUCACUCUGGAGCAGGAGCGUGGGGAGCAGCGUAGCCGGCAGCUGCUGCUGAAGGAGGCGAUGAGGGAGCUGGAGCAGGAGGUGCAGGGUCUCAGCAGCAAGCUCUCUGGAGCAGAGGAGGAGCUCAGCGGGUACAGGGACCAGUGCAGCGUCCUCAGGCUUUCUCAAAAUCAAACGGAGAGUAACCUGAAUGAGACCCAGCGGCGACUCACUUCACGCAUCGGAGAGCUGCAGAAAGUCCAGGAGAAGAAUAAACAGCUGGACGAAAAAAAUGAGUCCUUGUUGAGGCAGCUGCAUGCUAUGAGGGAGGAGAUGGGCUCUGUGCAGAGCUCCAAGUCAGACUUGCAGCAGCGGACACUCUCUCUGCAGGAGCAACUGGACAAGAAGAGCCUGCAGCUCUCGAUGGCCAACUCCCAACUGGACGACAAUGAGAGGACCAUCAGAGGCCUGAAGAUCACCGUAGAGGAACUAGAGACCACCAUUAGGGGGCUGCGUGACUCAGUGAGCGUUAGAGAUUGUGAACUGGGCCUGGUCAGGAAGAAGCUGUCGGACUCCGAGGAUGAGCUGGGUGCUACACUCAAAGCCAGAGAUGCCACAGCUCGGGAGGUCAGCCAGCUCAGAGAUGAUCUGGACAAGGCCCGCAUUGACAACCAGGCACUGCAGUUAAAGGUGGACGACUGCUCACAGGAAAUGGAUAAUCUCCAGAGAAGAGUGCAGGACUAUGCAGAAGACAUCUCCCGCAUUGAGGACCUGCUGGCCUCUAAGGAGCACGAGUGUCGGGAGCUGCAGGAGGGUCGGCGGCGGGCUUCGCUGCAGGCUGAGAGCUGGGAGAGUCAGGCACGGCAGGCGGAGACGGUGGCCAGUCAGCUGCGGAUGGAGCUGGUCACCGCUGACCUGGAGCGCCAACGCCUCAAGGAGAAGCUGGCCAACCUGGAGGCCAGCCUGCAGGAGGCCGUGAGUGCAGAACGGGGCUGCUGCGGUCAGCUCUCCCAGUUGAACCGGCGUCUGCUGCAGCUGGAGGAGGAGCUGAGGGAGACCCAGAGACAGCAGUCCACCACACACACCGACCUGGAGAAGACACGCCAGCUCUGCGUCAAACUGGACAUCAGCAAGGAAGCUUUGCAGCGUGACCUGGACGCCUCCCAGAGUGAGUUGAGCAGCCUGAGGAAGCAGCUGUCCAGCGAGCGAACGUCCACGCGCACCCUGGAGGCUGUGCUGUCCACCACGCGCGACAAGGACCUGCAGCGCCAGCUCAGCUCUGAAGAGCGCAGCGUCGAGGUCCAGCUGCUUAGGGACAAGCUCACCAAGGCCGACACCAAGGCGUCAGUACUGCACACAGCACACACACAACUAUACACCAAGGGGAGCUGCCAGAGUAGAGAGGUGGCUCAUCUGAGGACUCGGGCGUCCCAGCUGGAGUCUGAUCUGGAGAUGACUAAGAAGCAGCUGGCCACGGAGCGCUUUGACAGAGAGCGGGCAGUGCAGGAGUUGCGUCGGCAGGGCCUGUCGUCCACCCUGUCGUCCACCUUGUCUUCGUCACUGCGUCCCUCCUCUCCCUCACGCCGCUCUGUCAGCCCCCAGCGCCCCUGGUCCCCAGAGCGCCCCUACCACAGCACGCCAGAGCAUCGCUCCCCUAAGCGGAAUGCCAUACUGCGGGACCUGUAUGACUGAGCGCCCCAUCAUAAUGCAGUCUUUUGGUCGCUCAGUGUACUUUUUUUUACAUAUCAGUUAUUUUCUAUGAAUUAUACAUGAACUUUCAAGAAUAACACAGUAUUGUGUCUGAAUGUCUCAAUAAAUUGGUGGUGUUUUAUACUGUU